CUCCCAGCUCGGACCGGCACACACGGCAUCGCAAGACCCCGCUCCUUCCCAGCCCGGACCGGCACACACGACACCCCCGGACCCCGCUCCCUCCCAGCCCCGAGCAGCAGCACGGCCCGCCCGCCGCCGCUUCCACUCCUGCGCACUGGGCGCGCCCCCCGGGCGGGCCGGGGCCGGGGCCGGGGGCGGGCCGCGGGCGGGGGAGCGGCGGGCGGCCAAUUGCGGCCCCGCGGGGAGCGGCUGCGGCGGGGCUGCCGCCUGUGCUCGCAGGGCAGGAUGGAGGCGGAGGGCCGGGCACCGGGGCCGUCGCUCCUCGCCGGCGGGGAAGGGCCCGGGGCCGACUCGCGCCCCGCUGCGGGUGCCCCCGGCACGGCCCGGGGGCCGCUGAUCGCCGCCGCCGAGGUGCUGGCGCUGGACGAUGAGGAGGACGACCUGGAGGUGUUCAGCAAGGAUACAUCUCUGGCUGAGGUAAACUCAUUCAGUCCUUCAAUGCCAAUAUCCCCCUCAUCAAUGAUAAACCAGUAUAAAUUUGAAGAUGAACCAGAAUUAAGAGAUCUCUUCAUUACAGUCGAUGAUCCUGAAAGCCACAUUACAGCCAUUGAAACAUUUAUUACAUACAGGGUAGUCACAAAGACGUCGCGCAGUGAAUUUGACUCCAGUGAAUAUGAAGUUCGAAGACGAUACCAGGAUUUCCUUUGGUUGAAGAGCAAACUUGAAGAAGCACAUCCAACACUGAUUAUUCCUCCAUUGCCUGAAAAAUUCAUAAUGAGGGGCAUGGUGGAACGAUUCAGUGAUGAAUUCAUUGAGACUCGAAGAAAAGCUUUACAUAAAUUUUUGAACCGUGUUGCUGAUCAUCCAACUUUAACUUUCAAUGAAGACUUCAAAAUUUUUCUUACUGCACAAGCCUGGGAACUCUCCUCACACAAGAAGCAGGGUCCUGGUUUGCUGAGCAGGAUGGGACAGACCGUCAGAGCUGUAGCAUCCUCAGUAAGAGGAGCAGUUAAAAAUCGUCCUGGAAUGUUUACAGAAAUCAGCGAUUACAUGGAAACAUUUAGUCAAAAAAUAAACUUACUAGAUAAAAUAGCUCAUAGGAUUUACAAGGAAGAAAGGGACUAUUUUAAUGAAAUGAAGGAAUACGGCCCCAUCCACACCCUCUGGUCAGCAUCAGAAGAAGAUAUAGCUGACUCUCUGAAGGGCAUUGCCAGCUGCAUCGACAGGUGUUGCAAAGCUACGGAGAAGCGAAUGGCAGGGCUCUCAGAAAACCUGCUGCCAAUUUUACAUGAAUAUGUCCUCUACAGUGAAAUUCUGAUGGGUGUUUUGAAAAGGAGAGACCAAAUUCAAGGCGAGCUUGAUUCCAAAGUUGAUGCUUUAGCCAAUAGAAAGACAGAAAAGGAUCUGUUCUCAGAAGAGAUUGGGAAACUGGAAGACAAAGUUGAACGUGCCAACAAUGCUCUGAAAGCGGAUUGGGACAGGUGGAAGCAGAACAUGCAGUGUGAUAUGAGAUCAACAUUCACUAAUGUGGCUGAAAAUAAUCUCCGUUUUUAUGAAGAGGUGUGCAAUGCACUCCUGAAAGGAGCAGUAAAAGAAGCUCUGGCAUCUGCUCCUGCUGUUUGGAAGUGAAACUUCAGGAAGGGAAUCUCAGAAACCUGGGAAGAAGAAUAUUAUUUUUAUGCUUUCAGUAGGAAACAAAAUCCUGCCUUAAGGGUUUGAGUCUAACUCAUUAAACUUACGCACAAACACAGUUCCUUUUACUGUGUUUUUCUCUUUUCAGUCAUUACUUGCAUCAUUAACAUUCUUUCACAUGUCUGAAGUUACUCAUUCAGACUUUUGAUGCACCAUUUGAUGCUUACUAAGCCUUUUCUUGCUGUAGCAUCCUUCAUUUCUUACCUUUUCUAUUUCUCAAAGCACAUUCUGUGCAUUUUCCCAGGCACCGUGGAUGCCAUGGAUGUGAUUCAGUUGCCUGGCUCUUCUCUCCAUCUCCUGUGAGGAAUCACCUCCUGCUUUCUAACUAAGUCACUACCUGCUUCUCCUCCUUUACACAACUCCCCCCUACCCUAAGUUAAACUCCUAUUCUUGCCUCUCCAUGAGCAGCAUCCCAUUCCCUUCUCUGCAGCAGCAUUUCACUGUGCUCCUCAUUAUUCCCCUUGCUGACUUCAUUUCCCAGGUGUACAAGCAAACCAGGAGUCAUUUUCUGCAUCCCUUAAAUUUCUGAGAACUACAAUAAUGAGAGACAGCCAUCUAUUUUCUGAUGGCUUCUGCAGCAGAGAAUCCAGUCUUUCAAAACUGUAUAAAACUCAAGUCAUUGUGAUCAAAUACAACAUAGCAAUGUGUCAAAGUAGACUAGAAUUUCUGAAAUGCUUUUUCCUCUUUGUCAAAAUAUGGGAAAAGACUAUGACCUUAUAUUUGUUUGGGGUUUUCUGUAAUUGUAGUUGCUUAAGGAUUCUGCUGUCAACUUAUCAAGCAUCAUUUAGGUCUUAAGAGUAUCUCGUUAAAGAGUAUGUCUCUUUAAGCUGAAUUAAUGUUCACAUUAAUGAAGUGCUACUUUAAAGUGUUACCUGUAAUUAUAUUUCUCCAGCUUUACUAAUUCAAAACAAAUGAAGUCAUUCCUGUAGCCCUCCAGUUUAUUGACUAUUUCUAUUUAAUAUACUUGAAUAAGAAGUGUUGCUUUGUUUCUACAGCCAUGAAAUCACCAAUCUCUUUGUGUCUCUCAAUGCUGUGCUAACAAAGACAACAAAUGAAAGCCCAGUGUCGCAAAUUUACAGAGUGCUCCUGUGCAGGCCUAUGAAAAUAAAAGCUUUCCUGUGAUAAUGUACAUGUUUAAUUAUAAUAUAUCUAAAUAUGUAAUUUAGUAGCCAAAAAUUACCAUGACUGACCAGUCAUUUGGCAUUCCUGUAGCUGGUCUCAAGAGUUCAUAGAGUUCUCUACUUCCUUUUCGUUGCUCUGGAAAAGAUUUGAAUACAUUCUUAAGUCUACCUGUAUUCCACAAAGGCUUAAAGCCAAAAAAAUACUGCAUUAACAGUAACUGUAAAUGCAGAGCUAAAAUAGGGAGGAUUUUCUGAAACUAUAUAAAAAGGCUUUGAUUUUUAAAAGUUCAGAACUUUACUUGUAUUUGUGAACUAAAUAGCGUUGAUUUGUUUGCCUUACAGAGAAAAGUUCUUGAAUGCAGCAUGAGUUAACACUGUACCAUUUAUUUUAUUCCUUUUCCUGAUGCCUUAGGCAUGACACUAUUGUUGGACACCUUAGUCCAGAAGAGAUAUCUGCCAAACAGCUGGAAUCACAAACUGUCCACAGGGUGGAGCUUACCAGCUGAGAAAGCUGAUUGUCACCAAGAGUAUUUUCAUUAAUUUAGGUAUAGAUAUUCUAAAGAUGCAGCAUUACAAUAACCAAAAUACGAAGUUGUUGAUGAUGCCAGUAGUAUUUAGGUAGCGUGUUUGAAGUGUUCCUGGUGCAACCUAGUGAAACCAAACCUGGCAAUGUUGAACUCUGGUUUCAAAGAGCAAAAACAAUUAAACAUAUGCUACAUUUUUCCUUUUUUACUCAUGUGUUUACUAGAGUCACUAGGACAUUUACAGCAUCAAAGAAAAAGAAAUACUUCAAUUUUUCUCAGCAAAGAACUUUGUUAACUUAUUCUAUUCAGGAAGAACACUGGAAUAAGUGGCAGCUCAAUCCAAAGAUAACUAGACAUUAUAAUUCCAGCAAACUCAAAUAUGAGUUUGGCUUUUUACUGCUCAUGAGACACUCUAGUAAAUGCAGAAAGACUGGUGGUUUUUCCUAAUGUAGGAUGAUACUUAAGUUAGUUUUGGCAUUGAAAGAAUAUGGUUUUUGUUGAGCAUGGAUAAACCUUUGUUUUAAAGUGUAGCAUCUAAUUUUAUCUAUCUCAUGUCAAACUAAUCCUUUUAAACCUUUCCAUCUUAAUCAGAUAAAAAGCUAAAGGUACCUUUGAUAUAGUCAGAUUCAUGUUGGUAUUGACACACCUCACUCUUUUCCAAAAAUAUAAAUAAUUUCCUGAUUGUCUUAAAUAUCUCAAGCAUAAUUUAGUCUAUUUCGGUGACCUACAUUGUUGUACAGGCAUGAAUUGAUCCAAAAGGUUCACUAGGGCAAAACAAUACUCAUGCCCGAUUACAGCAACUUCCCACUAACUCCAAAGCCCUUAUGUACCUCUCAAUCUAGUAAAAGCUGUAGAAAAAUAGAUGAGAUUUGUUGCUUGCCCUAGAGGCCUCUCUAGUGAUGCAUUUAACUAGUCAUUUGGUCGUGUAGCAGAGUUAGCUGCUCAUGCAUGUUGAUCACAUCCUACCUUAGCCAUGCCUGGGAAUUUAGCUAACAAACUUCAUGUGAUUUUCAAAAGCUCCCACAGGGCUGAGUCCGUUUGUCUUCUGUGCAUGUCGCUUCAAAGACAGGAUCCAUCUUUGAACCCUUGUUCACUUCAGCCAUUACAAUUUCUUUUAAAUAAUUUUAGGAAGAUAUUUUUUAUAGUGGUAAUAACUGUUUCUCUGCACUCUAUUUUUUGUUUCCUCGCACCCAGAAAUUAUGAAAAUAUUUUCUGCCUUGGACACAAACAAGGCUUCAUUUUCAGAUUCUACUCCAAAAAACGCCAGAAUGAAGGGUAUUUUUAAGGUAUCAACCAUGGAUAACAGGGAACUGGAACAGAAACACACACGGUCUGUGACACACUCCCUCUGCUAGCAUCCUUACUGCAUGUUCUGUUUUCAUAUCUCCUUUCUACUUAUAUAUGCAAUUGUACUAUAUGAAAAAAAUUCUGAUUUUUUUUUUCUAAGAUUGAUGUUGCAGAAUAGACACAUGUCCUGCAGUAGUAAUCAGAAUAUUUCAGGUAAAAUAGCCUUAUUUAAACUCUUGCUAUUUAAUUUUGUGUAUUUAGGCUUUUUUAUUUCUUCCGUUGGGCUUUUACAAGUAAUUGGAUUAUGAAUUUCAAUCCUGUGCAAAGACAUUUAAUUUCCUCCGUUUGGAUUUUCUGUUUUGUUUUUUUUUCCUUUCUGUAUCCUUUGUGAAAACUGGCUGAUCCUCUAUUUAGAUCUCUGUUUUCAGCCUCCCAGGAGAACGGAGUAGAAUCACUCUGUAAUAAUGUUGAAGUAUACAUCACUAACAAAAUGUCGUUUAUGCAGUUCAUGCUUCACAGUAUGAAAAGCUUGAGCCUGAGGCACAGAGACCUAGAUUUGUUUUGGUAUGGUUAAUUAUAAAACUUGUCAGCUGUAGCAGCACUGUGAUGUCUGACAGUGAAAUGAGCCACCUCUUACAUUUUGAAAAAUGUUCUUUGGUUAUAUAAACAGAGAUGAAUUAAAAACUGAAUAACUUGUGUGAAAAAAUGCUUUGCAUCUUUGUCUGGAAAGACUUCAGUAGAUUGUAUCUCUUUGGUUAAGCACUAUACUGUGAUUGCAUUUUAACAUGUGCAGUUUGGCUCAGUGUUGCAAAGAUAAGACAGCCAUUUUCACAGUGCAGCCAGUGCUGAUAUAUGUAUUUUAACUCACAUUACUGAAAUUACAGAAUGACUAAACAUGGAGCUACAUGGUAUAAAUUAAACUGUGGUUCAGGAAAAAAAUCUGUCAUUGCCAACAAAAGACUCUUCAAUAAAAAGUGAUGUUUUCUUGUCCCAUACCUAGAAAAAGCCUAGGAAAACAGCUGUGCCUUGCAGCUUUCUAGGAUGGUAAUCCAGGCUGGGCUCUAGCAAACAGAAGCUGAUGAGUUUGAGUGCCACAGUGAAGACACAUUGCUAGCACCUGCCUCACUGACAUUUUAAAACCAAGAUGCCACAUUCCAGCUCAAGCAUCUCAGAUGGAUUCAGGUGCCACAGUGGCACAUGAAGUAUGGGAGAAUCUAAUGAUCAAACCUUAAAGGCUUUAUACAAAAGGUCAAAAAGACCUUUUAAGUCAAAAACCAGUUUGCACCACUUGCAGUUCACCGUUAAUGCCAGCAGUAUCUUCACUGUUUCUCCCUGAUGUACCAUUUUGAAAUAACAUUUCUUCAAGAAGUCAAUGAAGAAAGCAGAUUUCCACAUGAAUCUUAUCCAGUUAGUCCUCUCUUUUUCACAGUAAUUCAAACAUUAGAUGUACUCUGAACAGCAGCAUAAUGUUGUGUGCAAUAGCACAAGUUAGUUGGGGCUUUUGUCAGAAAGAUCAGAAAAGAAAGAUUGAGGGAGUAGAUUCAUAGUAUUCAUAGUCUAGGGGACAAUAUAUGAAUAACAGGAAUGAUCUCUAACAGGGCUGAUAACAACCAAAAACCUAUGCAAGAAUAAGCUCUCACAUACUUUUUCUUUGUGCUCUUUUAGUUCAGUUGGCUGUUUUAACCACUCUCAUUAUCUUGCAGACGCACAUCUACUUUCUUAUGCCUUCAGAGACAAAACCACUGCUGACUUUUGUUUGCUUUUUCUUGUUACUUUUGCCACCCAUAAUUUUAUGGGUAUCCCUGGUUCUGCAUCCUUCUAUCGUCAUGGAUUCUCCCAGCUCCAGUCAUCCUGUGUGUAUUCUUUGUUUUGCUCUUUGAGCUUAUACUUUAACAUUAUUCGUGACUAUCAGGUCCUCCCACUCAUCAGCUUGCACACAGAUAUGCAGCUCUACGAGGACCCAGUGUAAUAUGAUUAAAUCUGCAUAUUUAAUGGCAGAGUUUGGAAGUCAUUCACAAGAAAUGUCUAACAGAGUUAGGUGGCUGUAAGUUCAAGCAGUGUAAUUUCCACGUCUCCUAAGCAAUGACAGAUGGAUGCUACAUGUUCCACUGUAGCCAGGCUUAGCAAAUUGCUGUGGCUAAAAUAGCUUAUGGCAAAAGAUUUCAGUUAGGGAAUGAUGCUGUUUUCAGCGUACUGAUUUAAUUCAAAGUUCAGAUAAAUGGAGUGUGCUAUCCAGGUUUUAAUAUGUAUUUCCUGAGAAAUUUCAGAAGACCUAUUUAUUGUGAAUAAUACAGAUUCUUCAUGAAAAAAACCUAUGUAGAGUAAGUAGUAAAUAAGCUGCAACGUCUAGAACAAUACGUAUGACUGUAUAAGUCAAAAUUUUGUUAGAUCAUUUCCAUUUCAAGGGCUUUUUAUCAACAGCAUCAGAACAAGAAAACUAUUGCAUGAAUUUGCCUGCCCUGUUCUACUGACAGACUUGAAACAGUAGAAGCCUGGUGCUGUGUCAGCUCACUAUGGGUUACCUAGUGAUAGCCUUGCCAGGGCUCUGAACGCUAAUCUAUGAUUUAGAAUGGCUUGCCAAGCUGCCAACACUCGUUUAAGCCAAACUGAACCGAAGUCAUUUGGGGGUUGGGUUUUUUUUUUUAAUUUUGCUUCCUACAGGUUUGAUGCUUCAAAUUAAAAAAAAUUAGUUUUUACAAUUAUAAAUACAUUUUUCCAUGAGGAGAGAAAUGCCACUUGUUUGUAAGGAUGAUGAUUUCCCUACUCCCAGCUCCUGCCUUUCUGGUCCCAUUUCUUUCCCAUUACUUAGGGGGAAAAUGAAUUCUCUCCUUAUUUAGAAAAAAAAAUUGGUUUAAUUUAAAUUGGAGGGCAAAUUUGGUGUACAAUAGGAAUCCACAGAGAUUAUAAGGGAACUGUGCCUGACAAUGUGCUUUCUGUUUGGAAGAGAUCUUUGCCUGUAACUAAAGGGAGAGAUUAAAGAGGAGCAUAAUUAAUGUUGGCAUCUUCCAUGCUACAACAUACAAUUACAAUGCUCACACUGUGUGCUUGUCAUUAUGUAAAAGUGACCUUUACAGCUCACUCAGCAUGUUAGCUAACAUUUUGCAUAUCACUGAGCUGCCUAGGAAACCAUAUUUUGCUCUUACCAUAGUCCCACAAAAGCAGCUUGUGACAACGUGUAUGUAUUCUGAUAUUAUUUUUCUUCCUUUUCUCCUUGGCUAACAGUUUACAGAAAUCUAUCUGCUGUACUCACAUGUGUGUGUUUGGUUUUUUUAAGUGCCUUGCUACAUGGGAGUCCUUCUUAGCAUCUCAAUCCGUGGAUCUUCAUGUGGAAGAAGACUCUGAAGACAGGCCUUGAGUAAUAUCUCUGCUUGAUCUCUGCCUUUUCCAUGCAGUUUCUCCCAACCAAAGUGCUUUAUAUGAGAUCAGAUACAUUAUUAAAUUUAACUGUUUAAAUCAGUGAAAUGCAGAAAACCAGCUUAUUGAACACUCAGGUAUUCUAGUCCUGAAAUACAUUUUGGAACAUGCUAUAUAUUACUUUUUAUUGCUUAGCUCUGAUUUUACAUAUUUUUAUGUAUUUGCAUACAAUUUUUUUCAUAAAUAUAGCAUAAUUUGGAUAUAAAGUAUUUUAAAUAUGUAAAAAUAGCUCCAUUUUAAUAAAAAGUUUAAUAA